CAUGAGCCGAAAUGCGGGGUCCACAAUCGCUUAUUCAUAUUACAGUAGCAUCGGUUGUAUGUCAUGGAGUGGAAACUUGAUUGAUUUGCAAAAACUCCUUUGCAAUUUAUUAAAUGUUAUACUAUUAAUAUCAAUAUUAUUAUCAUUAUUAAAGACCGUUGUCCACAUUGAUGCCAUGGGUUUUUUUUAGUCGGUAGCUUAGACAGCAGAAGAAAAAAAAGUGGGCAAGUGUGAACGCAUAAUUCCAACGCAUGAUUCCUUUCUAGAGUUUGGGCAGGUUCCUUGUAGCUCAAGGGGCCAUGGGGCUUUGGAUUCAUGGCUGAAUCUUACUUUUGUUAGUGUGCGGUUUCCUUUUUUUUUCCUUCUUUUUUGCCGGGUCCUGAAUAAUAUUUUGGAUGUUCUUUCAAAUAUCUAAGAGAAUUUUAUCUUCAAGCUAUAUCAGAAGUUCUGAUUAACUAAAAACAAAUAAACCCAACAAUUUUGUGACUUAUAAAGAUCAAGCAAUCCCAGUUCAUUCUCCACAAGUAAAACAAACUGAUUAGUACUUGAUGUGAAAAUGAUUCUGUUGGAUGAGUUCUAAAAUAGAUAAGAUAACAUAUUUUAUCAUUGUAAAAGUAAUAAUAUUUACAUUCUGAGAUUUAUAUAUAUGUUGUACUUGAAUUUGAUAUUUGAUUCCUCUAAUUAAGAGAGAGAAAAAAAAUGUAAAAACUAUGAGGUCAACAUGUUGUGCUGCCAUGUCCAGAGCAGACUUCUGUGACUUUUAAAUUAAUUUCUGAAUUUGACAAUCAAAGAAUUUGAAAAAUAUCUGAAGUCAGGCCCAGGAAAGAAGGGUUGAAGAUGGAAAAUGUCAAAACAUCAUUGUAUGGUAUAAUGAAUCGAAAAUAUACAUCUCCAUAUUCACAACAGCAACCAUCAUUCAUGAGGUUAUGAAAAUCAUCAGCCUCAAAAGCGUAAUAGCUCUACUUCUCUUGCUUUCUGUAAUUUGUUUUCGGUUUUGCACUGCCAUCGACACCAUGACCUCCACUCGAUUCAUCGAAGACCCUGAAACUCUAGUCUCUAAUGGAAGUGCCUUCAAACUGGGUUUCUUUAGCCUUGCCGAUUCAACCAACCGCUACGUUGGCAUCUGGUACAGCACCCCUUCUUUAUCAACUGUCAUAUGGGUGGCUAACAGGGACAAACCCCUCAAUGAUUCCUCUGGGAUUGUGACCAUAUCCGAAGAUGGUAAUCUUCUGGUUAUGAAUGGCCAGAAAGAGAUUGUCUGGUCCUCAAAUGUUUCAAAUGCAUCAGCAAAUUCAAGUGCUCAGCUUUUGGAUUCUGGAAACCUUGUUCUGCAAGAUAACAGCGGAAGCAUCACAUGGCAGAGCAUCCAACAUCCUUCUCACUCACUUUUGCCAAAGAUGAAAAUCAGCACGAAUACACAUACUGGUGAGAAGGUAGUACUAACAUCAUGGAAAUCUCCUUCUGAUCCAUCUAUUGGAAGCUUCUCUUUAGGAAUGAAUCCUCUAAACAUUCCCCAAGUAUUCAUCUGGAAUGGCAGUCAUCCAUAUUGGCGAAGUGGUCCAUGGAGCAGUCGGAUCUUUAUUGGAAUACCCGACAUGGAUUCAGUUUUCCUCAGUGGAUUUCAGGUGGUUGAUGAUAAAGAAGGUACUGUUUAUGGAACUUUUACUGAGGCAAAUUCCUCCAUCUUUUUAUGCUAUGUCUUGACUUCCCAAGGAUCACUAGUGCAAACAGAUAGGGAGUACGGGAAGGAGGAGUGGGGGGUUACUUGGAGGAGCAAUAAUAGUGAGUGUGAUGUUUAUGGUACAUGUGGGGCAUUUGGAAUCUGUAAUUCAGGGAAUUCACCAAUUUGCAGCUGUUUGAGAGGGUACAAGCCAAAGUAUACAGAGGAAUGGAGUAGAGGAAAUUGGACUAGUGGGUGUGUGAGGAAGACACCAUUACAAUGUGAAAGGACAAACAGCAGCGGUCAACAGGGCAAAAUAGAUGGAUUUUUUAGGCUAACAACAGUGAAAGUUCCAGACUAUGCAGAUUGGUCUCUUGCUCACGAAGAGGAAUGCAGAGAGGAGUGCUUGAAGAAUUGUUCUUGUAUUGCUUAUUCAUAUUAUAGUGGCAUCGGUUGUAUGUUAUGGAGCGGAAGCUUGAUUGAUUUGCAAAAAUUCACUAAAGGCGGGGCAGAUCUUUACAUUCGUCUUGCACAUUCAGAACUAGAUAAGAAGAGAGAUAUGAAAGCAAUUAUUUCUGUUACAGUUGUAGUAGGAACAAUUGCCAUUACCAUCUGUACAUAUUUCUUAUGGAGGUGGAUAGGCAGACAAGCAGUGAAGGAGAAAAGCAAGGAGAUUUUACCAUCUGACAGGGGGGAUGCAUAUCAAAAUUAUGAUAUGAAUAUGCUUGGAGAUAACGUGAACCGAGUUAAACUUGAGGAGUUACCACUUCUGGACUUUGAGAAGCUGGCAGCUGCAACAAACAACUUUCAUGAGGCCAAUAAGCUCGGGCAGGGUGGUUUUGGUCCAGUAUACAGGGGUAACUUGCCAGGAGGACAAGAAAUAGCAGUGAAAAGACUUUCGAGAGCAUCUGCACAGGGUCAAGAAGAAUUCAUGAAUGAGAUGAUAGUGAUUUCUAAAAUCCAACACCGGAAUCUUGUUAGACUUCUUGGCUUCUGCAUUGAAGGGGAGGAAAAGUUGUUGAUCUACGAGUACAUGCCAAACAAAAGCUUGGAUGCCUUUCUCUUUGAUCCUCUCAAGAGAGAGUCUCUGGAUUGGAGAAGACGCUUCAGCAUUAUUGAAGGGAUUGGAAGGGGCCUCCUUUACCUUCACAGGGAUUCUAGAUUAAAAAUCAUUCAUCGAGACCUAAAGGCAAGUAACAUUUUGUUGGAUGAAGACCUGAAUGCUAAGAUUUCAGACUUUGGUAUGGCAAGGAUAUUUGGAAGCAAUCAGGAUCAAGCCAAUACAAUGAGGGUCGUGGGAACAUAUGGUUAUAUGUCCCCUGAGUAUGCAAUGGGAGGACAAUUUUCAGAAAAAUCUGAUGUAUUCAGCUUUGGGGUGUUGUUGUUAGAGAUUGUAAGUGGGAGAAGGAACACUAGUUUUCAAUAUGAUGACCAGUACAUGAGCCUUUUGGGAUAUGCAUGGACACUAUGGUGCGAACACAACAUCCAAGAACUAAUAGUUGGAGCUAUAGCAGAUGCAUGCUUCCAAGAGGAGAUAUCAAGAUGCAUACAUGUGGGACUGUUAUGUGUGCAAGAAUCAGCUAAAGAUAGGCCAUCCAUGUCAACUGUUCUGUCUAUGCUCUCUAGUGAAAUUGCACAUCUCCCUCCCCCAAAGCAACCUCCAUUCUUAGAGAAGCAAAUUGCGAUAGAUACCGAGUCUUCUCAACCGAGACAAAAUGAAUCUUCUUCCAAUCAAGUCACUGUUACAAUCAUUCAGGGCCGAUAGAAUGAGUGGGUGAUAAUUAGUUCAAUUGUCUUUUUGUUUUUGUUUUUCUUUUUUAUUUCUUUUUUUUGUUAUAUAUUCAACUUGGUGACUUCAGUCCUAAGAACCCCAUCAUGUUGUAUUGGAUCCUUUAUUCUUCAGAAAAACGUGUACGGAUCUUCAACAAUGAUCUUUUCAAUAUGAAUACUUUCUGCUAUUUUUGGAUUAAA